UCUUUGCACGAGGGUUAUUUUAAUUUUAAAUUUUCUCUUUCUAAUAAUAAUUGUCGGCGCAUUAUCUUGUCUACUGGUGUUUUCAGAAAUGUGGAUAUUCAAUAAUUCUGCGUUGAUGGAUGAGCUCUGAUCUUCAGUUCGCUCACUCUUCUUUCUCAUCUUCCUUCAAUACCUCUAAUCUUCUGAAACAAAUUAAAUAUACGUCCAUCCAUCGAUCCAGAUGGAGAAGAAACAGCGUUCUAAAAAGUGCAAGAAAUUGCAGAUUGACCUCAACAAGGAAUUUCACCCCAAAAUUCCUAUUCCUGCAGUUUCCGCUAAGCAGAAAUGGCAGCCAUUUGGACCAUUUCCAUGUGUGCUUCCUCCUCCUUUAUCACCACCGUCGACAUACUCAGUUCCGGCGAAGAAUCUCGUGUUUGGGGACUUACAGCCGUUCAGAGGAGCGUCUCCGACCACCGCUUCAGACGGAACUCCGGCGACCAAUGACGUUAAUUGCUUCCCGCGUGGCUUUGGUGCGGCGAUUCCACUAAAUUAUGGAGACGAUUCUGCCCUGGAAACACUUCCCCUUCUUCCAACUUCUUCAUGGAAGAGGUGUGAGAUCCCAAGUCAUCAGCUUGCCCCUUCAACAAUGACCAUUUUUUAUUCCGGUAGUGUUUCUGCUUUUCACGACAUAUCGCCAGAAAAGGUAGAGCUAGUUCUGGGCAUGGCUGGAAGUGAAGAAAUUGAAGAAAAGAGAUGGAAUGAAAAUCCAAGUUUUGUUUAUGCCACAGAUGAAACCACCACAGCGCCAUCCUCGUCUUCAGGGAGUUUUUAUCAAAACUUUGCUCCAGGAGCAAUAGCUAUGGCUCGCAAAGCAACUUUGGCAAGAUUUCUGGAGAAGCGCAAGCAUAGAUUGAUCCACAACAAGGCCUACCUUCAAGAUGGAAAAGUACUACCUGAUCUCUCUUUGUGAUAUGGAAAUUUAAUUUGAUUGAAUUGGUUGGUGAAGAGCAAGAAGAAACAAGUUCCACAUCAGGCUUGAUUUGAAAAGCUAGCGGAAAAUCGAAAGGAGAGCUAUUGUACCAAUAUAUAUUAUUUUAUAAUUUAUUCAUUUUAUAUAUAUAUAUAUAUAUAUAU